GCGGUCAUAAAGGAUCGGGCAAAUCUUUGCUUCUCUUAUCAUUACUUCGCGAGACUUAUGUUAUAAAUGGUUUCGUUCAUUUUCCCACCACUUCCGUUGCUUAUGUCGCUCAACAACCAUGGCUUGAAAAAACAACCAUACGUGAUAAUAUACUAUUUGGUUCAACUUUUGAUGAUGAACGAUAUUGGAAUGUCGUGGAAACGUGUAAUCUCUCAACAGAUUAUGAGAAUAUGGAACAGGCUGAUAUGACAGAGUACGAUGAUGAAAAUUUGACUUUAACUGACGAUCAAAAAGCACGUAUUACAUUUGCGCGUGCUAUGUAUAGUUCAGCACAGAUAUUGUUAUUGGAUAACUGUUUGGAGUCUGUCGAAACAGUAAAAGCACGUCAAAUUAUAGAAAGUUCACUCAAUAGCCCAUUCUUAUCAAAUCGGACUGUUAUUAUAGUCUCUAAUCAUGUACGAUUAUUCUUGAAUGCUGCCGAAUUUAUUGUUGUAUUGGGAGAUGGUGUUGUUUCUGCUAAGGGAACCCCGCAAGAAGUAACAGAAGCAGGAGUUCUGACAGAAGAAAUUCUCGGAACUGAUACAACUAAUGAACAAAUUCGUGUUGAUAAAACCGAGGAGUUAUCAUUAAAUCAGGCAUUGGAAAAAGCAGAUUCAGAUAAAAGGAAUUGGACAUCUGAAGAAGCUCGAGUUCAAGGCAAUGUACGGUCGAGUAUUUACUUUUAUAUCAAAUCUAGCGGAGGAAUAUUUGUAUGGUUUAUUCUGCUACUGCUUUUCCUCAUUAUCCGACUGCUCACGGUCGGUGAGACUUAUUUACUCAAGUUAUGGUCAGAUGAUGCAACCAAUAACGGAACUCUGACACUUCGCAUUGAAGAUCUCAAUCAAACAACAUUAGAUUCAUCACAGGGCGAUCUAUAUUAUAUAAAAGUAUAUGCAUUAAUAGCAAUUGCAUCGGCAGGUUUUACUAUUAUUCGAAUGGCAUGGCAAUUUUAUAUCUCGCUAAAAGGUUCACGAACAAUGUUCUCAAAACUAUUAAAUUCAAUAUUGAGAGCUCCAUUGAGUUUUUUUGACACCGCGCCAUUAGGAAGAGUGAUGAAUAGGUUCUCAAAAGAUUUGGGCGUUGUUGAUCAAGGUCUUCUGACAGUGAUGGCAAGCUUCAUGGGUAAUUUAGUGGGUGCGGUGUGUGUACUUGCAGUUGUCACAUGGGUCACAUGGCAGUUUGGGUUUGCGUCAAUAAUAAUUGCCAUUUUGUACAUAAUUAUUGGGGGCAUGUAUAUAAAUGUUUCGAGGGAAUUAAAGCGAUUACAGUCUAUAAAGCGAACACCUGUAGUUUCUUGGUUUUGUGAUACUGUCGGAGGGAUAACCACUAUACGAGCAUUUAAUGCUGAAAGAAGAUUCGUCAAGGAAUUUAUUGAAAAAUUGAACGAGUCUAAUCGAACCACUUACCUGUUACAUAUGUCAAACCGGUGGAUGUCAAUUCGCAUGGGCACAAUUGGCGCCUUUGCAUCAUACUUAGCCGGAUACUUUAUUUUGAUGAACUUUACUGAGAUUGACGCCGGGCUUGCUGGGUUUUCGCUGACUUAUGCACUUGGAUUUGUGCAAAUUGUAUCCAUGCUUGUUAAGGAUUACACGAGUAUGGAGACAAGUUUGAAUAGCGUGGAACGCAUCGAAGAAUACAUUGAAAUGCCACAAGAACCCCCAGCCGUAAUUGAUAAUAUUCAACCGCCUGCUGCGUGGCCAACCAAUGGAAAUAUCGAAGUAUCCAAACUUACGGUUCAAUAUUCACCCGAACUAGACCCUGUUCUACGAGAUGUUUCUUUCACGGUGCACGCUGAAGAAAAAAUUGGGAUUGUUGGAAGAACAGGUUCUGGUAAAAGUACCUUGGCAAAUUCAUUUUUACGUCUUGUUGAACCUGUGGAUGGAUGUAUAAUUAUCGAUGGAAUAGACAUAGCAGAGAUUGGACUAGAAGAUCUACGCUCAAGAAUUACAAUGAUAUCACAGGAUCCAAUACUCUUUGAAGGGACCGUUCGUUCGAAUCUUGAUAUCCGCGGUGAAUACGAUGAUAGAGAAUUAUGGGAAUCCUUAAGACGUGUACAUUUUGUUCAAUUCAACGAAGAGGGUUCGACCAGUGAUUAUAGUCUUUUCAUGUCUGGACCAAUACAAACUUUGGACGAUCCUGUAAAUGAAGGCGGAAGCAACUUCUCGCGAGGGCAAAGACAAUUAUUAUGUUUAGCACGAGCAUUAUUGAGACAAUCUAAGAUAAUAAUUAUGGAUGAAGCAACAGCAAGCAUUGAUCCAGAAACUGAUAACAAAAUACAAGAAACGAUCAGGACGGAAUUUCAAUAUGCAACUGUUUUAUGUGUUUCGCAUCGAUUUAGAACUAUAAUAGAUUCGGAUCGGAUAUUAGUUCUUGACGAUGGUGAAGUCGUUGAAUUCGAUACACCAUACAAUUUAAUAAACAACCCGGACGGAUUAUUCCGACAUUUAUGCGAGGCGACUGGAGAAUUAGAGAAUCUAAUGCAAUUGGCAAGCCUAAUUCUUCCAGAUGAUAUAAUUCCUGAAACACAACAAGACACAGAACUACACGAUGAUGACGAAGUUAUAGAUAACGAAGAAAAUACACCACGACAACAAUUCACAUUAGAUCCAGAAUAUCGUGAAGGGCACGAAAGUGGAGCAGAAAAUCAAGACGCGGAUGAAAAUCACCAAGAAGACGAUAAUAAUAACAAUGAUUUCUCAAAUUUAGAGAAUCCUGAUAAUAGAUUUGAUAGUCAAAAUAUUGGUGAUGAAUUAUCUUCACAAGAGCGGAGGCAGCCUAGAGACGAGGAUGAGCAUGAUUGGGGUGAAGAAUUUGGGCUGGGAUAUAGACUUGUACAAAAUUCAGUGAGAACUUUUAUUUAUUGA